GUUUCCUUCGCAAUUAAACGAUUUACCUUGCAGGUGUACAUGCUAGCCACAGACAUUCUGUAGAGGUGUUGGUUGGCAGCUGGUUUGCCUGUGAAAUGAUAAUUGUCAAAGGGCCUACAGCCCGGCACUUCAACUUCUAACAGUUGGAUAGAUGGCAGAUGAACUAUGCUGCGAUAAUUCCACUUGCUUUUGCGUCAUAUUCAUUACAUCUCUCCCUGUGGCCUCUUCUCUUGGUUUGGUUCAUGUGAAACCAAAUAUGUGUCUGUCUUGCAUAGCGGUGUAACUGAUUUAGAAAAUAACAGAUAGAGGAUGGAAACACAGUCAGAAUUUGUAUUUUCACCAACUGCAGGAAUUUGAAAACAGGCCAGCUCCUGAAGAAGAUGCACGUUGGUUAUUCCUACCCAGCUUCCAUCUGCCAUCGAGCAUAUUCCGACUCUGGCCUUCUGUUUGUUGUUUUAAGCCAUCCACAUGCCAAAGAGAGCGAGUCCUGUGGAAACCCCGCGUUCCGUGUGAUAGCGUUCAACCCCAAAACAGCCAGGAGCACAGGAGUGAUGUUCUCUUCCCUCCCGCCUGGGCACGCUGGAAGGUACCUGGAGGGUGACGUGAAGGACACUUCUGCUGCGGCCGUGCUGACGUCGGGAGCCAUCGCGGUGUGGGACCUGCUCCUGGGGCAGUGCACGGCCUUGCUGCCCCCGGACCCGGAGGGGAGCUGGGCGCUGGCCCGCUGGGCCACCACCGGUGCCUGCCUGCUGGCCGGGCAGCGGGAUGGGACUGUUUGCCUGUACCGGUACCAGCAGCCCCACGCAGGAGAAGCCCCCGAGUCCCACUUCAUGAAGGACCUGGGGUUGGACAGUUUGGACCAAGUGGAGAUCAUCAUGGCCAUGGAAGACGAGUUUGGUAAUUCAGAGCCGUGCACGCGCAGCCGCUGCCUUUUUUUGGCCGAUCUCUAA